ACAAAGUAACCCAACGCUCUUGACGGUUAUUUCCACACCUCUCCUCCCUUCCAUUCUCGGUUUCUCCGCCUCCCCCUCCCUUUUUAUUUCUUCUUUCUUGCCCCCAUUCAUUCACAAUCUUCUUUUAUAUAACACUAUUCAACUUGAUUCAAACUUUAAUUUUCAAUUCAAUUUCUGUUACCAAAAACCCACCCUUGAUUUCUUUUCUUUUUUGUUUCUUGAACAAAUAUGGCUUGUUCAGCAACGGCUCAAAUCAUUCAACCUUUGUCCAUUAACUCUGCCAGAUCUGUUGAAAACUCUGAUGCUUGCACUAAAAUCCUCAAUCCUCCUACUUUUCUUGGAUCCACGCGUCGCAUUAACACGAAGCUCUUUUCUGUUAACAAUCCCAUUUCACCUCUUGCCCGCCGAUCCACCACCGUCUUUGCCGUCUCCUCCGAUGUUGUCAAGGAGAAGAAGCUCAAAUCUAACUCCUCACUUACCAAUCUGUUGAUUACAAAAGAAGAGGGUCUGGAACUGUUUGAGGAUAUGUAUUUGGGGAGAGCUUUUGAAGACAUGUGUGCCCAGAUGUAUUAUAGGGGGAAAAUGUUUGGAUUUGUUCAUUUGUACAAUGGUCAAGAAGCAGUAUCCACUGGAUUCAUCAAACUCUUGAAGAAGGAAGAUUGUGUGGUUAGCACUUACCGGGACCAUGUCCAUUCAUUGAGCAAAGGGGUUCCAGCACGUGAGGUCAUGAGCGAGCUAUUUGGCAAGACCACUGGUUGCUGUAGAGGCCAGGGUGGGUCAAUGCACAUGUUCUCUAAAGAACACAAUGUUCUUGGUGGCUUUGCUUUCAUUGGUGAAGGCAUUCCCGUGGCUACAGGUGCUGCCUUCACUAGCAAGUACAAGAGGGAGGUUUUGAAGGAGGACUGUGAUGAGGUGACCUUAGCCUUUUUUGGAGAUGGUACUUGUAACAAUGGCCAGUUCUUCGAGUGCUUGAACAUGGCUGCAUUGUGGAAGUUGCCUAUCGUGUUUGUUGUCGAGAACAAUUUGUGGGCUAUUGGAAUGUCCCAUGUAAGGGCCACUUCUGAUCCACAAAUUUGGAAAAAAGGGCCGGCAUUUGGGAUGCCUGGGUUUCAUGUUGAUGGUAUGGAUGUGUUGAAGGUGAGGGAGGUUGCUAAGGAGGCAAUUGGCAGGGCUAGAAGAGGUGAAGGUCCGACUUUGGUUGAAUGUGAGACCUAUAGGUUUAGAGGACACUCGCUGGCUGAUCCUGAUGAGCUCCGUGACCCCGCUGAGAAGGCUCACUAUGCCACCCGUGAUCCCAUCAUUGCAUUGAAGAAUUACAUGGCUGAAAACAAGUUGGCAACUGAAGCAGAACUGAAAGCCAUCGAGAAGAAGAUUGAUGAACUAGUCGAAGAUGCUGUUGAGUUUGCGGAUAAAAGCCCCGUACCAGCACGUAGCCAGCUUCUAGAAAACGUAUUUGCAGAUCCCAGAGGUUUUGGAAUUGGACCUGAUGGGAAGUACAGAUGUGAAGAUCCAAAAUUCACCCAAGGCACUGCUCAUGUCUAACCAUGUUGUUGGCAUUUCAGUUAUCAAGGAACACAUUGUUGCAUGUAGUAAUUAUUACUGAUAGAGUACUCUUUUAACGUGUAUUAGUGUUUCUCGUACUACAUACGAGGUCGUGUCAAGGGAUUUUUCUGUUUCAAUUUUGUAUCGCUUUGUUAUGUUUGUGUUGGUUGGAUACUGUUUUUGAAAUGGCAAACACUGUUCAGGGUGAUAACGCUAGCA